AUGCAUGACAGCGAUGCCGAUUCUACUCUCGGAGACGACGUAGCAUCAGAUACGGAGUCGCUUCGCUCCAGCAUAUUAGACUAUGAGUACGAAAAUGGGAGGAGAUACCAUGCGUACCAUUCUGGAUCCUAUUGGGGACCUAAUGACGAGAAAGCAAAUUGGCAUUCGGAUCUAGGACACCAUAUAUACAAGCUUCUCCUUCGGGGACACCUCUUCUUUGCUCCUAUACCGAAAGACGUGCAUCGCGUUAUUGACAUUGGAACUGGGACUGGAAUAUGGGCCAUAGAAUUCGCCGACGAUUACCCGUCAGCAACAGUCAUUGGCACCGACCUUUCGCCGAUCCAACCGCCUCUAGUUCCCCCUAACUUGUCGUUUGAAAUCGACGACUGUUGUGACGAAUGGUUGCAUACACCCGACACCUUUGACUUUGUUCAUGUACGUGGGCUCUAUGGCUGCGUGGCGGACUGGGAUGAAUUCUAUCAUCAAGCAUUAAAGCACAUCCGCCCAGGUGGCUAUAUCGAGCAAGUUGAGAGGGGGGUUUGCCCCAAGUCUGAUGAUCACUCCACAGACGGUACCAUUAUGGAACGAUGGGGGCACGUCUCCCUCGAAGCGGGCGAUGCAUUUGGGAAAACACUGCGCGUUAUCAACGAAGCAAAACCAAAAAUCUUGAAGGCCGGAUUCGAAGAUGUCGUCGAGCAUCGAUUUAAAUGCCCUAUCGGCGACUGGCCUGAAGAUCCUAGGCUCAAGGAGCUAGGGAAGGUGAAUAGAGUGUACUGGGAAGAAGGAAUUGAGGACUGGACAACAAUGCUAUUGACCAGGGUGCUGAAGUGGACCCCUGAGCAGGUGAAGGAGUACCAAGACCAGGCAAGAAAAGGCCUGCGGAAUCCUUCGAUCCACUCAUAUGAUGAAAUGUAA